GUUUGUGUGUUUGUGUGUGUGUGUGUGUGUGUGUGUGUGUGUCGGUCUGUUGGUCUGUUCUUUUCCCCGAGUGCUCAAAGUUAUAGCCUUCUGUCUAAAAAUAUCUCCCAUUUUGGGGAGGAGUGUUGUUCACUAGUGCUUUCCGAAUCCUCUUAACCAGGUAAUCUCAUAACCCAUCUGCCGUAUAGGCUAUCGGCUAUUACCCAUCAGCCACCUCCCAGUCCCAGCCUACACCAAUAUGUAAUGUCCUUAGCCAGCUCAAGAAAAGACCAUGCUAAUCUCUCCUCUAGCAGACAGGAACCAGAAGGAGUUGUGUUCAGUGUUGAGUGAUGUGUUGGAGGAGCAGUCUCACAGGGAACUGUUUGCCUUAGAGCUUGGCUCUGGCACCGGACAGCAUGUGGUCAACUUCGCCAUGGCCAUGCCCUUCAUCACCUGGCAACCGUCAGACAUCAAAGAGGAGUCCCGUGACAGUAUCCGAUCCUACAUAGUGGCAACCAAAGUGAAGUCUGUGCUGCAGCCUGUGCACCUGGACGUCAGCGAACCCUGGGAGAAGUGGGCGGGCCUUCCACACAGCGCCUGUGAUGUCAUCGUGGCCAUCAACCUGCUUCAGUACAGCUCCUUCAAAACUGUAGAGGGCCUAGUCAAAGGAUCAGGACAGAUCCUCAGACAAAAUGGUCUCUUGAUCACA